AUGGCCUCUCGAUCACGUCGAUUUGCGCUAUAUGCCGUCGCGGUCACAGGUUGUGGUGGAUGCUCGGGCGUGAUCAGGCCGCGGAAGUUUGACCUCAUUGGUGGUCUAUCGCCCACCGUACACUACGUCAUGGUUCACAGACCAAUGAGGCAGCUCACAGCCUCCCGUCUUCCCUCCCCUUUACAAAACUGCAUGGUCCAACCAACAUCCUCUAUUCGUGGUACAAUGACGCUCUCUAGGAGAAAUCUCCGGCCCCCUUGGCUCAAUCCAUCCGAGCUACUCCGGCAACAGGCCCAACUUGCUAUGAACCGCAGCGGCUACCAUCUUGCGUAAUUGGCUGCGGUUGUGAGGUGCGAAGACAGCAUCAGUGCUAUAAGACAUGAUGAAAAUAGUCUUUCGAUCUCCUGUAAGAGAAGCAAAAUGGAUGUUUGCUUCGUCAUUCACGUCUCAUGCGUAGAAUUAAUAAUCACGUAGUCUGGCU